GACGCCUGGGCGGAGUACGCCAGCUGGGGCAACAAGUCCAAAGGAGGAGGAACGAAAGGCAACAGCGGCUACGGUAAGGGAGGAGUUGGUGCAGCCAAGGGCGCAGGAAAAGGAUCAGGAGGCAAGGGUGCGGAGAACCUUGCCGUGUGGAAGUGCGAGCACUGCCAGUACGGCAAGAGUCUGCUGCCCGACUGGUUCUGCAAGCACUGCAAGUCGCCGAGGCCCGACGACGAGGACCCUCGAGUCGGUCGCUUGGGGGCCUGGGCUAACGGACCGCCAGCGCUGCAGCCAGGACUCCAGCCGAUCCAGACUGGUGAGACCCUGUCGGAGUCAGAGUUGGGGAACAUGGUGUCCUGUACGAAGCGCUUUGGCGAUGUGGCUGCAGCUACUCAAUACCAGAUCGCGCUGGAGAGGCUCCGAGCGGCAUCCAGGCAGCCCGAGGAGAAGCACAUCCAGCAAAGGGCCACGGCGGCCCACCAACGAGUUCAGUUCCUGAAGAAGAAGAAGCUCAAUGCGGCCGUCGAGCAGCUUGAGAAGUGGAGGACAUGGUGUGACGAGAGGGCUACAUCAGUCAGUCAGCUUUCAGCACAGCUCGAGGCCGCGGACCAGGAACACAAGCAGUUGGUCGACCAGCUGCACAGCCAGGUGCGUCACAAGCAGCAUGAUGCUCCGCCUACCCGUGCUGCUUCUACUGGCCUUCGCCCGCGCGACUUCAUCGAAGGGAAAGUGGACGCCGUCGAGUUCAUGGUCGCUGGAGACAUUUUUUGCAUUCCAGAGGAUGAGUGUGAGAUCGCCGACGGGGACAUGCAGAUCCUCCAGCAGCGCGCCGACGAGCUCAAGGCCAACAUCGCUGAGGCCACCAAGCAG